GAAGGGAGCUUGGAAAACUGAACAUUUGGAUAAAAGAGGGUGUUGAUCUGACGCUAUUAUGGAGUCUAGAUGGGGAGCAAGGAAAUGAGUGGAGAGAUGGCCAAGUCUCGUACUACUCGUCAAACUCUCACGAGAUUAUAAUUGAAGGCAUACGUGGGUCUGGUUUUAAGGGUGACAUUUCUAUUGAUGACAUCACGUUUACAUCUGGACGUUGCCCAACCAGUCCACUAGAUGCUUUGCCAGAGAAUGCCACAGAUAUACCAGUAGUCACUACACAGCUUAUGACAACUCCCAUGUCCGUUUCCCCAUAUGACUGUAACUUCGAAGACGGGUUCUGCAUGUGGAAAGUUGAAACCAAGAAG